UAUUUAGAGCACCUUACGUUUCCGUUUCCGUUUUCGAAUGGCGGGUAAAUGACAUGCUGAGAGACUCAUACUGCUGCUAGAAUAUAAGACUUGUCAUUUGUGUCAUAUAUUUGCUGAAGAUGCCGAAAUCAAAGGAAUUUCUGUCCUCUUCAGAAGACUCUGGUUCUGACGCAGAGGAACCUAAGCAGAAAAAGAAGAAGACUGAGGCCAAGCCGGAGAAGAAGUCUGACAAGGCCGAGAAGAGGGAGGACAAGAAGGCUGGUGAGGACAAGAAGGCUGGUGGUGACAAAGCCAAGUCCACCAAGACCAACAGUAACGGGGAGAAGAUGUUCCAGAUUGCCAGGAUGAGGUAUGCCACAAUCAGUGAGUUUCGCGGUAAGGCGAUGGUCAGCAUCAGGGAAUACUACGAGGUUGACGGAGACCUGAGGCCAGGGAAGAAAGGAAUCUCACUUACACUGGACCAGUGGAACAGUCUGAAGGAUCAGAUUGAGGACAUUGAUGACGCAUUGAAACAGUUAUAGUGCCCCUGGACAGAUGUGUGUGUGUGUAUGUGUGUGUGUGAUCCUUCAAGACUAGCCAAAUCAGCACAGAUGCAUGUGUAAGUGUGUGUGAGGCCCUCCUUCAACACAAGCUCAGUCAUCAGCACAGAUGCGUGUGUGUAUGUGUGUGUGUGAGGCCCCCCUUCAACACAAGCUCAAUCAUCAGCACAGUUGUGUGUGUGUGAGGCCCCCCUUCAACACAAGCCCAGUCAUUAGCGUGUGUGUGUGUGUGAGAGAGAGGCCCUCCUUCAACCCAAGCCCAAUCAUCAGCACAGUUGUGUGUGUGUGUUUGUUUGUGUGUGUGAGGCCCCCCUUCAACACAAGCUCAAUCAUCAGCACAGUUGUGUGUGUGUGUGAGAGAGAGGCCCUCCUUCAACCCAAGCCCAAUCAGCAGCACACAUGUGUGUGUAAGUGUGUGUGAGGCCCCCCUUCAACACAAGCCCAAUCAUCAGCACACAUGUGUGUGUAAGUGUGUGUGAGACCCCCCUUCAACACAAGCCCAAUCAUCAGCACACGUGUGUGUGUAAGUGUGUGUGAGGCCCCCCCUUCAACACAAGCCCAAUCAUCAGCACACGUGUGUGUAAGUGUGUGUGAGGCCCCCCUUCAACACAAGCCUAAUCAUCAGCACACACGUGUGUGUGUAAGUGUGUGUGAGGCCCCCCUUCAACUCAAGCCCAAUCAUCAGCACACGUGUGUGUAAGUGUGUGUGAGGCCCCCCUUAAACACAAGCCCAAUCAGCACACGUGUGUGUGAGGCCCCCCUUCAACACAAGCCCAAUCAUCAGCACAGUUGUGUGUGUAAGUGUGUGUGAGGCCCCCCUUCAACACAAGCCCAAUGAUCAGCACAGUUGUGUGUGUAUGUGUGUGAGGCCCCCCUUCCACACAAGCCCAAUCAUCAGCACACACAUGUGUGUGUAAGUGUGUGUAAGGCCCUCCUUUAACACAAGCCCAAUCCUCAGAUGUUAUUUCAAAUACUCACUACUGUUUCAUGUAGAACAAUGUUCACAAUUUAUGUCCCUCUCUACUGGUGAUUCUACAAUCAGCAUGGGGAUAAUGUUAUGUCAGUCUCCAGAAGGCCUCACUGAAUGGGCCGGAGAGCGUCGAUGAAUUGGUGGUCCCUGGAGAUCUGUAUUUGUUGUAAGAGGGGACUUCAUGGAUCAGGUGGUCAGACUUGGCGUGUCAACGUACACCGACAGCAUGGAUCAUUGGUCACAAUAUCGGUCACUGGAUAUAUAUACAGGCUGCCAUCAUAGAGCUGAAAUAUUGUCAGGUGUAACAACAACAAACACACACACACACAACUUCUAUACCCAGCAUAGGGAAUUAUUUUCUGUCAGUCUUCAGAAGGCGUCAAUGAAUGGUCCAUAGACUGUCGAUGAUUUGUGUUGUGAGACCAUGGUGAUUUAGCUAAAGAGUUUAAAAACUCGUCCAUUAACCUCUGUUAGAUGUUUUUAAGGCUUGGCUGGAUAUUGUGCUGAAAUCAUUUUCAGUUUAAUGAGAGAUUGUUACUUUGACUUAUAUGUAUGAGAGAGAAGGAUUGGCUGGUGUUUCUCAGUAGGUCUAAUAAAAUGUUUGAAUUAAUUUAUGUUGCUGAUAUCUUGUCACUAAGUACCCUGUAUAUUUCAUCAUGGAGGUGCUUGUGUAACCCUGGUGAUCAAGUGACUACAAGUUUAGAACGUUUGUACUUAAGGCAUGAAAUGAAAAAUCUGAAGUUAAAAAUGGAAAAGUAUUGCAGGUUUAUGCAAGAAAUAUUUUAGUACAAAGUCUCUGUUACAUAUUUCUUUCCUUUGCAGAAUCUUUUAUCUGUGUAAUAUUACUUGCUUCACGCUAUGGAUAACAAGAUGUAUUCUUGAUGGUCCCAACAAAAACGGGGGGGGUAACUGUUCUUGUAGUGGAGCAGUCCCUCAGUUUUCAGAUUUCGUGUCAUGUAUCACAUUUUGUUGUGUUGCUUCCAAUACCAUCAAUAAAAUUCCAUAAGAUCAGG